UCCGGUUCAGAAAAGAGACCGUCAGGUCCUCGAGCCCAGAAAUAAAAGAUCCGGGUGUUUUCUCCUAGCCACUUAGUUAAAAGGCAACGUCGCCGUCCUCUUGCUCUAGGUACUUAUAACCCCAGUCCUGCGGCAGCUUGUUACAGCAGAUGUAGCGAAGAAAGAACUCAAAAGAGGCGAGUUUUUGCUGAGGGGAGCGAUGAGAGCGACGCACCGGAAGCGGUACCUUGGAAGGUCUUCGGGAGCCGCAGAGACGUGUCGGUCUUGGAAGCGCUGGGGGCCCCGCGCUAGGUCUGUGGGCGUGGACGGUGACGGCAAGUUGCCCAGCCGAGCAGCGUGGGGCGGCGGCGGCGGCGAAGGCCGGGGCUGGGAGGUUUGGCCGCGGGGGUCCCAGCCAUGGCCUUGUCCGUGGAGCGGCUGCAGCAGCGGGUACUGGAACUGGAGCGGGAACUUGCCCAGGAGAGAAGUCGGCGGGCCCUGGGUGACGGCGACGGAGCGGGCGGCCGGGCCCGCAUUGAGAAGAUGAGCUCAGAGGUGGUGGAUUCCAAUCCCUACAGCCGCCUGAUGGCCUUGAAGCGAAUGGGAAUUGUAAGCGACUAUGAGAAAAUCCGUACCUUUGCUGUAGCAAUAGUAGGUGUUGGUGGAGUUGGUAGUGUGACGGCUGAAAUGCUGACAAGAUGUGGCAUUGGUAAGUUACUCCUCUUUGACUAUGACAAAGUAGAACUGGCCAAUAUGAACAGACUUUUCUUCCAGCCUCAUCAAGCAGGACUGAGUAAAGUUCAAGCAGCAGAACAUACUUUAAGGAACAUUAAUCCUGAUGUUCUUUUUGAAGUACAUAACUAUAAUAUAACCACAAUGGAAAACUUUCAACAUUUCAUGGAUAGAAUAAGUAAUGGUGGGUUAGAAGAAGGAAAUCCUGUUGAUCUAGUUCUUAGCUGUGUGGACAAUUUUGAAGCUCGGAUGGCAAUAAAUACAGCCUGUAAUGAACUUAGACAAACAUGGAUGGAAUCUGGGGUCAGUGAAAAUGCAGUUUCGGGGCAUAUACAGCUUAUAAUUCCUGGAGAAUCUGCUUGUUUUGCGUGUGCACCACCACUUGUAGUUGCUGCAAAUAUUGAUGAAAAGACUCUUAAACGAGAAGGCGUUUGUGCGGCCAGUCUUCCUACCACUAUGGGAGUGGUGGCGGGGAUCUUGGUACAAAAUGUGUUAAAGUUUCUAUUAAAUUUUGGUACUGUUAGUUUUUACCUUGGAUACAAUGCAAUGCAAGAUUUUUUUCCUACUAUGUCCAUGAAGCCAAAUCCUCAAUGUGAUGAUAAAAAUUGCAGGAAGCAGCAGGAAGAAUACAAGAAAAAGGUAGCAUUAUUGCCCAAACCGGAGACUGUUCAAGAAGAGGAAGAGAUAAUACAUGAGGAUAAUGAGUGGGGUAUUGAGCUGGUAUCUGAGGUUUCAGAAGAAGAAUUGAAAAAUUCUUCAGGUCCAGUUCCUGACUUACCUGAAGGAAUUACAGUGGCAUAUACAAUUCCAAAAAAGCAAGACGACUGUGUAUCUGAAGUUACAGUAGAAGAUUCUGGAGAAAGCUUGGAAGACCUCAUGGCCAAGAUGAAGAAUAUAUAGAUUAUGGACUGGCAUAUAUUUUACUUUUUCUGUGUAUAAGCCUAUUCUCUUGAAAUUAAAAAAAUUCAAAACUGAUAAAACUUAGGGCAAGAUUAACUGAUGUUGUAAUCUUCACUAAAUUGUUAUACUUUAUUAAAAUACUGUAGCUGUUGCUCUUUGCUCCUCUUUCUAACUAAAUCUAAUAGCUGUCCUAAAAGAUUUGCCUUCAGAGUACUAUUGUAGCAUAGCCACCAAAAUAUCUUGGCCUUUUGAAGGUUGGGGAAGGACCAAUCUGAUUCUAUAGUCUUUAUUUCUUUCUAGUAAUCCCUUGUGGUCUGUGAAAAGGACAUAGACAAUAAAGUAGUACAAACAAAAGGA